AUGACAUCUACGAUCCCUCACCCUCCUUAUGACGAAGAACUAGGCGAAGCCUUGAACGCUUUCAAAUUUCCUUCCCCUAUCUUGCCGGAACACAUCAAAUUAUUCAGAUCCGCGCCGCUGCCAACUGCCGAAGACGUUCUGGUUGAGCCAUACAAGUCCAGCUCUCACAUCGAAAAAGUCAUUCAAGGUCCAAAUGGCGAUAUUGUUUUGUCUAUCUUCACCCCUCACACUGUUGGAUCCAGCCCAGCUCCAUGUAUCUAUUGGAUGCAUGCAGGAGGGAUGAUAAUGGGCAGCCGCUAUGGUGGUAUUCACCACAUCUGGGAUUCUGGACUAGACUGCAGCGCCGUGGUCGUAUCUGUCGAAUACCGCCUCGCCCCUGAAAACCCCGACCCCGCACCUCUUGAAGACUGCUACGCAGGAUUGGAGUGGGUAGCGUCACAUGCUACCGAGAUAAACGUUGAUACUGCCAAAAUCAUGGUUGCUGGCGUGUCCGCUGGAGGAGGCUUAGCCGCUGGUAUUGCUCUUCGAAGCAGAGACUUCAACGGUCCAGGCAUUUACGCCCAAUGUUUGAGCUGCCCCAUGUUGGAUGACAGGUGCAGUUCACUAUCAAAUCACCAGUAUGAAAACGAAGGAACGUGGAGCAGGAUUAGCAACUUGACGGGCUGGAAAUCUCUACUUGGGAACAGACAGGGCAGCGACGAGGUUAGUAUUUAUUCGGCCCCAGGCCGCUCAGAAGACUUCAGUAGCUUGCCGCAGACAUUCAUGGAAGUAGGGAGUGCUGAAAUCUUUCGGGAAGAGGUUGUUGGCUAUGCAAACGGACUAUGGGCCGCUGGUGGACAGGUUGAGCUGCAUGUCUGGCCAGGUGCAUUUCACGCCUUUGACAGUUUGGCUCCGCAUGCUGAGUUAUCAAAGAUGGCGAAAGCGACCAGAAGGGCGUGGAUUAAAAGGAUAUUCUCCAAGUAG